CGGGAGGCGGAAGCGGCGCGGGGCGAUCGCGGGGCGGCGGCGGCGGCGGGGCCGGGCCGGGCCCGGCGAGGCCGCGGGGCCAUGACCGAGUACAAGCUGGUGGUGGUGGGCGCCGGCGGCGUGGGCAAGAGCGCGCUGACCAUCCAGCUCAUCCAGAACCACUUCGUGGACGAGUACGACCCCACCAUCGAGGACUCGUACCGCAAGCAGGUGGUGAUCGAUGGCGAGACGUGCCUGCUGGACAUCCUGGACACGGCGGGGCAGGAGGAGUACAGCGCCAUGAGGGACCAGUACAUGAGGACAGGGGAGGGCUUCCUCUGCGUCUUCGCCAUCAACAACAGCAAAUCCUUCGCCGACAUCAACCUCUACAGAGAACAGAUCAAGAGAGUGAAGGACUCAGAUGACGUGCCCAUGGUGCUGGUGGGGAACAAGUGUGAUCUGCCCACGAGAACAGUGGACACAAAACAGGCCCAAGAAUUGGCAAAAAGCUACGGAAUCCCCUUCAUAGAGACCUCUGCAAAAACAAGACAGGGUGUGGAAGAUGCUUUUUACACCCUGGUGAGGGAGAUCCGGCAGUACCGGAUGAAGAAGCUCAACAGCAGCGAGGAUGGGAACCAGGGCUGCAUGGGGUUGUCCUGCCUUGUCAUGUGAGAAGAUGCCAAGAAAACGUGGUUCAGGUGCAGCUGCUGGACGAGCCUCGAUCCGUGCUGCCUUUCCUGCUGAUCCCUGCAGUGUUUGGGUGCCAGUGACAGACUCUGGGCACCAGAGUUAAUUAGCACAAGGUCCUUCUGCGUGCUCCAUCUGAAGAGAACAUCCACGGCAUCUACCUCCCUGCUCAGCUCACGGAGCAGCAGCACCUCGGGACGUGCUGGGAUUCUUCUCUCACUCUGCUACCCGGGUUUGUUCCAGAAGAAAACCAGUCACAAAAGAGAACUAUAGAGACUAAAUGCUGUGAAAAAGAUGACACUUUACCUCUAGAGUAAAAGCUAGAAGUGCUGUGUGUCCCCUGUCUGUUGGAUUCCGUGCAGUGCUGUCAGAGGAGUGGCACAGGUAGUGUCACACGGGGUUGUGCCACCAGGAGUGCCCCUGUCCCCUCUCAGCUGGGUGUCUGCUCUCUGUGCACCUGUACAGCAAAAGUGCAACAUCUCCAGUGCCAGGAGUGCCACCUACCUGAUCCUGCAUUUCUGUAAUAAAAAGGAAAACCUUUCCUAACUAAGUGCCUGUUUGCUAAGAAGAUUCGGAGUUGUCCCUUGGGUUGAGGAAAACCCCAAGGACUGGAAUUUCUUGGGAGCUCAUUGUGUCAAGCAGGCAAGUGUGCUGUGGGUGAUCCGAGGCUGACAGGAUCCUCCAGCAGGAAUUUGGAGGCUGGAAGGUCCAGCAGGCACUUGAGAGACUCUUGGACGAGGGAGGGGACACACUGCAUCUGUGUUUUACUUUCUUUGUGGGUGGAACAGUUUAUAUUCUGUAUUGUUUUCCUGCAGCAUUCAGAUCUCUUCUAAGUUGGACCAAACCUGUCAACUGUUCAUUUUUAACAUGAACUGCCAACGUUUCUGGGCAGCUUCUCACUAAUUAAUCUGGUAACUGGAGGUUGCUUUGGACAGCUGCUAUUCAGCUCUCUCUGUAACUUGCAAAUUGUUUUAUUCUGAAUUAUUUUCUUACCACAGACUGUAAAGAGUCUCUUCAAAAUGUCUCUAGACUGUAAGAUGUAGUUGGAGUUUCCUUGUCAGGGAAGGAGGGGGGUUGGGGUUGGCUCUGUCAGGGGUGCAGGAAGUGGCUGCUCCAUCCCUGGCAGUGCCCGAGGCCAGGAGCAGCCUGGGACAGGGAAGGUGUCCCUGCCAUGGCAGGGCUGGAGGGGAUGAGCUUUAACCCAAACCAUCCUGGGAUUCUGUGAUGGAGGGGAGAGGGCUGAGAGCUGCCACAGGCACCUGAGGCAGCUUCUGCUUGCAGCAUCCCUGCAGAAUGAGGAAGGAAAUGAGUUCAGGGAUGGCUCCACGGGAGGUGGGGGACAGACUGGUGGAAUUCUGGGCUCACUGGGACAGCCUCCAGCUGAGGGAACUGUGAGCUGAGCCAGUUCUUCCCAGCACAGAACAGCCUCCCCUGGUUACCUGGCUGUGCUCACUGCUGCAGAGCCUCCCUGCCCCUGGGUGCUGGGUCCUGCCCUGGCCUCGUGCUCUGGGCUGGGUUCUGCUCGGGCAGCAGAGCUGAAUUCAGCGAGGAGGAGGAGGAGGAGGAGGAGGAAGGAGCCCUCAGCCAACAGAGGGAGCAUUUGGUCAGUGCCAGGCCAGCAGGGCAGUGGCAGGAGGCUCAGUUUCAGGUUGUUGGUGUCAGUCACACAUCUUAAUUUGGAGUGCUCCAUUUCAAAUGGACAUUGGAAAUCUAAACAGAGAGAGAAGAAUUUUUUCCUUUUAAUGUUGCUUCCUUCACUACUUACAGUCUUAAUUCUCUUCUUGGAAUGAAGAGGAUCAAUCUCCAUCACAUUUGCUUUAUCUGUGAAAAUCCUUAUAAAUACUUUUUUCAAUUUAUUUUAACUUUGACUGAUGUGACUGAUAAGAAUUAAAUCCACAAAAAAUUUAACAUAAAA